GACUGCAGAGAUCGAUCGAUUAACUGAUGAACGAACCCUGCCCAAAAAUGACUUCUUUCAAAUUUCUUAUAUUCCUUUCGUCUCUCUUCGUGAUUUCGUUGCUUAGCCUUGCCAGUGGCAAUGAAGCAGCACCCACUUACAAAUAUAACUUUUGCUCAGGGCCAGACGCAACCUUCACCGCCAACAGCAUCUACCAAUCCAAUCUCGACCUCGUCCUCUCUUCUCUUUCCUCUAAAGCCACUCCGGUCACUGGGUUCUCCAACGCCUCCGCUGGCGAGGUCUCCGGGCUCUUUUUGUGCCGUGGCGACGUCAACACCCCAGUCUGUCAAGACUGCGUUGCCUACGCAGCCAAAGAGAUACUAGGACGCUGCCCCCUUCAGAAAGGGGCUAUAAUAUGGUACGACGAGUGCUUGUUACGUUACUCCAACUUCUCCAUCUUCUCCACCAUUAACUACGAUCCCAGGCAAACCCUGCCGAACCCGCAGUCUAUCCAAGAGGCAGAUAGAGAGCGCUUCAGUCGGUUGAUGGACAGCACAUUGAUUUCGUUGGCGACCCGUGCGUCGGAUUCUGUGACUGGAAAGAAGUUUGCGACGAAGGAAGUGGAAUUCAACAGUUCACUGUCCGCGUCACAGACGUUGUACAGCCUCGUGCAGUGCACGCCGGACCUGAGUGUGUACGAUUGCUAUAAAUGUCUCCGAGUCACCAUAGGAACUCUUCCUUCGUGCUGUGAUGGAAGUCAAGGCGGAAGGGUUCUGCUACCAAGUUGUAAUAUUAGAUUUGAAGUGUACCCAUUUUACAACUUCACACCUGCUUCGCCUGCACUUCCUCCUCUUCCUCUUCCUCCAGCCAGCACAAUUACAACCAUAGAAUCCUUGAAAUUUGAUUUGGCUACAAUAGAAGCUGCCACACACAAAUUCUCAGAUGACAACAAGCUGGGAGGAGGUGGAUUUGGUGAGGUUUACAAGGGUAUAUUACCCAAUGGACAAAAAAUAGUUGUGAAAGGGUUGUCGAUGAAUUCAAAACAAGUUGCAGAUUCAGGGGAAUUUAAGAAUGAGGUUAUUUUGCCAGCCAAGCUUCAACAUCGAAACCUUGUGAGAUUAUUGGGAUUUUGCUGGGAAGGAGAAGAAAAAAUACUCGUCUAUGAAUUUGUGUCCAACAAAAGCCUUGACUAUUUUCUAUUUGACUCUGAAAAGCAAAGAGUAUUAGAUUGGUCAAAAAGACACAAGAUUAUUGAAAGAAUUGCUCGAGGAAUCCUUUAUCUUCAUGAAGAUUCUCAACUUAGAGUUAUACAUCGUGAUCUUAAAGCUAGCAACAUACGACUAGAUGAGGACAUGAAUCCAAAAAUUUCAGAUUUUGGUGUAGCAAGAAUUUUUGGAGUUGAUCAAACUGAAGGAAAUACUAGUACAAUUGUUGGGACAUACGGUUACAUGUCUCCAGAAUAUGCACUACAUGGACAAUUUUCUGUGAAGUCCGAUGUAUACAGUUUUGGUGUCCUAAUACUAGAGAUUUUAAGUGGCAACAAUAUCUCUUCUUUCUAUCAAUCAGACACCGCUACAGACCUGUUGACCCAUGUGAGUAUGAAAAACAUAUUAUGAUAUUUUCUUUUUUUGGGUAUUAUAGUUUAUCUCUUCAAACUACAACAUCAUUUUCAGUUACAUUUCUAAAAUACGACUAACUGUAAGUCGGACUAACAAAUUACUAACAUAUUAUGAGUUAC